UCCUUUGGGGGUGCUGAAACUCACAAGCAAUCCCAUGUUCCUCGACAGAAGACGCUGUUGCUCUUUCUUCUCUUGUACUUCUUCUUUGCAGGCAUUGCUAAAAAGCGGCUUCUCGCCCACUCUCAAAUCAAUCAACCGAUUCUUGCUCUUUCUUCUCCGACUCCAGAAGUUCGACUUAAUCGCGCAUUUCAUUUCCCAAAUAAACUCGAAUGGAAUUGAAGGCAACUAUCGAACUCAAUCGAUCUUUACUUGGGCUCUUCUUAAAUCUCACAAAUUCGAUGAAGCAGAGCAGCUAAUGAAGAACCGCAUUGUAGGGUCGACUCGAAUGUGGGACGCUCUUAUUCAAGGCAUUAUUUCUACCACACGAGAAGAUCCUGAUAGAGCAUUUUUUAUAUUAGAGGAUUGUUUGAGGAACCGUAAUGUCUUGCCUUCUUCUUUCACUUUUGGCUUAAUAAUUCAUAGAUUGAGCUCUCAGGGUAACAUGGGAAGGGUAAUUGAUGUUCUGGAAUUGAUGGCCGAUGCCGAAGUCAAGUACCCGUUUGAUAAUUUUAUUUGCAGUUCAGUGAUUUCGGGGUUUUGUAAGAUUGGGAAACCGGAACUUGCUCUUGGAUUUUUUGAGAACACCAUAAGUUCUGGAGUUUUGCAACCCAACGUUGUGACUUACACCGCGCUUGUAAGUGCUCUUGGUAAGUUAGGAGAUGUAAAAAAGGCGACAAGCUUCUUGGCGAAGAUGUUAAAAGAUGGACGAGAACCCGAUAAGGUCACAUAUACCGCAAUUAUGACGGCGUAUUGUGUGAAGGGAAAAUUAGAGGAAGCCUUGACUGUUUUCAAGAACGUCAAUGCUUUGGGAAUUGACGCAGAUGAGUUUAUGUUUGCAACUUUAAUUAAUGGGUUCAGCGAGAGAGGGGAUUUCGAUCAUGUAUUCUGUCUGUUGGAUGAAAUGGAGAAGAGGGAGAUUAGAGCUAGUAUCGUUACGUAUAAUUGUGUAAUCAAUGGAUUAUGCAAGUUUGGGAGGAUGUCCGAAGCUGAUGAGUUCUCAAAAAUUGUACCUGCAGACAUCAUUACAUAUAGUACCCUGCUUCAUGGGUAUGCUGAGGAAGAGAACAUCCCAGGGAUUUUGCAAACGAAGAGGCGACUAGAAGAAGCUCAAAUCUCUAUGGACGUUGUGAUGUGUAAUGUGCUUAUAAAAGCACUAUUUGUGUUGGGGGCAUUUGAAGAUGCUUACGCAGUUUAUAAGUGGAUGCCAGAAAUGGGUUUGGUUGCAAAUUCUGUUACUUUUUGUACAAUGAUUGAUUGCUAUUGCAAGGUGGGUAGAAUUGAUGAGGCACUAGAGAUAUUUGAUGAAUUCAGAAAGACUUCAAUUUCUUCACAUGCAUGCUACAAUAGUAUUAUCAGUGGCCUCUGCAAGGAGGGUAUUGUGGAAAUGGCAACUGAGACAUUUAUUGAGCUUAAUGAUAAAGGACUGGUGUUGGAUGCAGGUAUAUAUAGGAUGUUAAUGCAAGCUAUUUUUAAAGAAAAAGGUGCUAAAGAGGCUUUAGAACUUGUUCACAGAAUGGAAGCUUUAGGGCCAGACAUGCAUAAUACCAUAUGUAAUGAUUCUAUCUUCUUAUUAUGCAAAAGAGGGUUGAUUGAGGAUGCAUAUCAAUUUUGCAUGAUGAUGAGGAUGAAAGGCUCUUCCAUCAGAAGCAAGACUUUUUUUUCAAUAUUGAGAAGGCUUAUUAGUGAUGGAAAAUCAGAGGAAAGUUUGCCUCUCUUGAAUAGUUUUAUAAAACUAUAUGGCCUAAGUGAACCAAGGGUACAUAAGAUUGUUGCACAGUAUCUUUGUCUGAGGGAUGUUGAUUGUGCCUUUCGGUUUCUCGCAAAAACAAUAGAUAACUCUUCAGCUGCCUCUUUUCCUGUUUCCUUACCAAAGCUUUUUCUAAAGGAGGGUAGAGCUUUAGAUGCAUAUAGGCUGAUCAUGGAGGGUCAAGAUUAUUUACCAACCAUGGAUGUUAUUGAUUUUACUACUGUGAUUGAUGGGUUAUGCAAAGGAGGAUUUGUAAGUAAAGCGUUGGAUCUUUGUAUCUUUGCUGAAAAAAAGGGGAUUACUUUGAACAUAGUCUCAUAUAAUUCAAUUAUUAAUGGGUUGUGCAUUGAUGGACGUCUUCUUGAAGCAUUUCGUCUAUUUGAUUCAUUAGAGCAAAUUGGUUUGACACCCUCUGAAAUAACUUAUGCUACAUUAAUUUAUGCUCUAUGUAGAGAAGGAUAUUUGCUAGAUGCCAAUUAUGUUUUCAGGAAAAUGGCCCUGAAGGGAUUUCAACCAAAAUUACAAGUUUACAAUUCAUUGCUUGAUGGUAUUUCUAAGGUUGGUCGACUAGAGGAAGCCUUGAAUAUUUUAGAUGAUAUGGAGACAAAACUUAUUCAGCCCAACUAUUUUACUGUUAGUGCUGUAAUAAAUUGCUAUUGCCAGAAGGGUGACCUUGAAGGGGCCCUUGCAUUCUUUGAUAAAUUCAAGAGCAAGGAUAUAUUACCUGAUUUUUUGGGCUUCUUGUAUUUGAUAAGAGGUCUGUGUGCCAAGGGGAGGAUGGAAGAAGCCAGGAGUAUCUUGAGAGAAAUGUUCCAGAUCAAACCUAUAGCUGAGCUGAUUAACAUUAUAGAAAGCAAGGUUGAGACGGAGUCUAUAAGGGAUUGUCUUGUUUUCUUGUGUGAACAAGGAAGAAUUCAAGAAGCUGUUAGAGUUCUUAAUGAAAUUGCAUCUAUACUUUUUCCUGCUAAGAGGUUGUCAACAUCUAAUCAAUUAUCCCAUAAACAGCUGAAAGUUUAUGAAGGGAAGGGUUUUGGUUCAGAUCUUAAAGGGUCUGUACCAUCGUCUCACAAAAUUGAUUUGGAUGUUGGAUCUUGUGAUACUGUAAAUGGGAGCAAUGCAUUUACAACUGAAGUUAGUCGUAUGACAAGAUCUCAGUUGCAUGACUUUGAUUUCUACUAUUCUCGGAUUGCUGCACUCUGUUCCAAUGGGGAGCUGCAGGAAGCUAGUCAAUUAGCGAAAGAAUUGCUUUCUGACUUGACAGGGUCUACAAGCUAAAUUAAAGGGGGAAGUUGGAAGUAAAUUUUCCUUUGAUGCGAGGAAUCCCCACAAUGGUCUGUAAACAAAGAAUUCAUGCGGUUGAAACCUGCAGGUUUUGGUGCUAUAUUUCACCAUUCUUUCAUUUGAAUAUCCUGGGGAGGCUCUGCUGUAUCUACUGCUCAGCACGAUAUAGACCAGCUACAGUGGAUGAAUAGUGCUGAUGAACAAUAUUUUUCUGGCCCCAAAAUGUCCUCCUGCUUCCUUCCCUGUCAGAACAUCUUGUACAUGGCUUGCACAGUGAAUUACCAUAAAUUCCCUCCGAUUUGAUCCCUGAUGGUGGCGUGCUUUUUGGAUUGCUUUCAUCCGGGUGCCUGUUCCCUUCUCCCCAUGCCAUGGGACUGUAGAUUUCUUGGGCCAUAUUUCAAGUGCUGGUUCAAAUUUUGCCCCCCAUUUUCCUUUGUCUGCCUGCCAUUUUUUUCUUGCCCCUCAGGACUUCUUCCUUGCAUUGUAUCCUCUCCCAUCUAAUUUAAGUCCUUGGCUACGAUUUAUUUCUGUUCAUUUGCUGGGUUAUAUGUCCCUCGUAAGAUGAAAAUCAUUUUUUCCCACACCUCUUGAAUCAUCAUUGGUGAAAUUGAUGCCUCCAAGCUUGUUGCACUCCCUGUCAUACAGGAGGAGAUAUUUCCGUCCCCUGUAGGUCACUGUCACAGCUGCAGAAGCUGAAGGGAUCAAAGCUGCUCACCCUAUUCCAAUUCUACCCGCACCAGAUCUGGAAUGGCUGGUGGCAAUCAAAGCAUGGCUGCCCUUAAGCCUGCUGGUGGAGUUGGGAAGAAAUCUAAGAGGAAAUUCAAGGUUGGCAAAUGCAAGUGCCAUGUUGGUAAUGGCAAGCUUAGGAAGAAGCCCAUACAAGUCUCCAAUUGAUAAUGGAUAAUGUUGAUGACAAAGGUACUGCCAAGUUUUUGCUAGAUAAAAUAGCAAAAGUGGGAGAUGAGGCACUAAGUUCCUUCAUGGAUGGGUCGGUUGUCUCCUGAAAGCUUUUGACAUCUCACAUUACAUUGAUUUCUGUUUCUAGGUAUAUGUAUUUAACUUAGACUGUCAAGGAUCACAGAAAAGAGGGAUAAGUGUCGACUUAUCAGCUAGGAAGUGUUGUCAAGAUGGGAGAGGACUUUAAAGCAUACUCAUAGAGCCCUGUCCUGGACAUUUUGAUUGAUGUUAAGUUGCUGUCUUUGGCAACUAGGACAGCAAACACGAGUGAAGAAUCAUGUUCUGAAGAAAAAGGCUUGAAUCCCUUGCACCAGUUGGAAAACAUACUUGAAAAUGACCCACUUAACGAUUUGUUGCCUCUCUUCAAUGAGUUUUAUCUUUGGCUUCUGGAUCUAGUGAUGAACUGGGCUAUAUUCAUCCGUACCAAUUCUCCUUGCUUAAUGAUGAAUUAGGCAUUUCCUAUGAUUCAUCUGAAGAAGUUUUGCAUCCAUCAACAGAAAGGAUAGCAGGCUCGGUGGAAUCACUUAUUAAUACUUCCAACAAAGAGAACUUGUAUUUUUGGGAAAGGGAUCAUAAACUGGGAAUUUCAACCCAAAUUCUUCUACAAUUAUAUGAUCUGCUAAACAUGCAUUUAUGUCUGCAUUUAAACCAUACGAGGCAUCUAGCAGCCAAUCCGACAAAGUUGGCAAUUCUUCAUAUGCCUUUUUAUCCUGUGACUAUAUUGAAAGUAUACUUACUAGACGCAGCAGGUCUCUUCUGCUGCUGAGCUGUGAGCCUGUGACUUUAUAACUGCUUGAAAUUGCAGAAAGUAUGUGCUUGCCAAGAAGAAUCAAUUCCCAAUGUUUAUGGAUGAACUUUACCUUUCGGCACUUGUGCUCUUAUAUGCACCUAGAAGUGAACAAGCUUGGAACUAUAGGAGGAAAUUUCUUGAGGAGGUAACGCCUGGCUUGCUACUGGAGCCUUUGCUAAAAAUGAGAAAAGCCUGGGAGUCUUGGAGAUGAUGAUCCUAGCCAGCGAGAGGUCUUAAGGAUGGGAGUUUCCUGCUUGAUCAUUGACCAAGAGAAGUUUUCAGAAACGCUGGUAUUGCAAUCAUUGUUUGGAGAUAGCAUUCUGGAUAGGACUUGGAAAAUGAUACGUUUACUUUCAGGUUCUUAAAUAAAGAGUCAGCCCCUGCCUUAUUGAUUCCCUCGAGAAGUCCAUGUCAUUUUAUUUGAAAAAUUCUGUUCAAAUCUGGAGCUUUGUAAUUUAUCCUAUGUUUCUUCUUUGAAAGCAUGAGUUUUCUAAGGUUAUUUUAUUCCUAAUUAUUAACUUUACCAAGCUUCUCAAUAUUCGUCUCAUUUUUUUAAGUUUAUUUCUUACUUUGUAGAGUGAAGAACUUCAGUCUUAUUGACAAUAUUUAUAGCAAGUUGGUCCUUCCCUUUA